CUUGUAAAUUGGGCAGACUUUCGACCCAAAGACGCUGAAAAGGCCCCAGAGGGUAUCUUUCGAGCCGUCUACUACUGCAUCAUUACUGUAUACGGAGCCUAUGUCUCCUACUUUAGUGGACGAUACAACUUCAUCCAGCAGCCCUGUGAGGUUUACGAUAACAUCGAUUGGGACAAUUACUUCACUCAACCCAUUCCAUCAGAUCUUCUUAGCCUCUACUUGAUUCAGUUCAGUUACUACCUCUCUGGUGUCUACCUGGAGUUGUACAUGGACAAGAGGCGGAAGGAUUCCACUCUGAUGCUGUGGCAUCACUUUGUCACUCUGGCACUGAUGUACUUCUCCUACAUGGGACGAUACAUAAAACACGGCUGUAUCAUCUUCUUCCUCAACGAUAUUUCAGACGCCAUUUUGGAGACUGGGAAGAUUUGCCUCUACAUCACGCAUAGGGGUGGCAUUCGACGACGCUUUGGCGAGUUCUGUUGCAACGUCAUCUUCUUCAUUUUCACUGUUUCUUGGUAA